AUGGCUGCUUCUACCAGCAUUGCCGCUGGCUCGUCCCUGAAGCUCGCAGCCACCUCCUCGCUUGGUGUGAAGUCCUCGUCGUUCCAGGAAUUUUCCGAGGGCUCCAUUAGAAGCAUCUCCCUCAAGAGCACCAAGCCAGCAGUGAGCAAGGCACAAUCCCGCCAGAAUGCUAAUGGCAAGAACCGCAUGGUGGUUAAGGCCAUGGCGCCUAACGCCCUCGUGGACAUCAACGCUGCUGAUGAAGUCAAGUUCAAGGCGCUUGUCUCUCGCCGCGUCGUCUUCGACCAUGCCGACUGGAAGAAACACAAAUCGAGUGGCCGUUACUUCAAGCACCUGCGCAGCAUCCUGACCUCCAAGGUCAUCGGCGCGCUGGGCCCUCCUGUGUCCGUGAUGACGGGCAUUGCAGCGGCGGUGGUGGGGUGGAACGAGAUGGUCGUGAUGAAUAUUCUUCCCGAGUGGGCUCCCGUGCUGCACAUCUCCAACCUCCCCUUCAGCCUCACCGCGCCUGCUCUUUCCUUCCUCCUGGUUUUCCGCACCAAUGCCAGCUACGGUCGUUUCGAUGAGGCUCGCAAGAUGUGGGGGCUCAUGCUGAAUCGCACGCGCGACAUCACGCGACAGGCGCUGUCGUACAUGGCGCGCGACCAGUACACGUACGAGUACCCCAAGCGCGCUCAGUUCAUCCGCCACCUGCAGGCGUUCCCCCUCACUUACAAGCACCACUUCAUCCAAGAGGGCUCGCUCGAGGAGGAUCUCAGGGAUUUUACCAGUCUGACUGACGCGGAGAUUGCGGGAGUGCUUAACGCCACCCACCGACCCAACUACGUGCUUAUGAUGAUGUCGGAGUGCAUGCGCUCGUGCACCAUGGAGCCCGUCAACCGCCUCGCCAUGGAGGCCAACUUCGCGACAUUCGCGGAUGACAUCGGAGGCAGCGAGCGUCUGUUCAAGACGCCCAUCCCGCUCUCCUACACGCGCCUCACCUCGCGCUUCCUCGUCCUCUACCACAUGUUCCUGCCUUUCGCCCUGUGGGACCCCCUCGGCUGGCUCACCAUCCCCGUGACUGCCACGUGUGCUGCCAUCUUUUUCUGCAUCGAGGAGGUCGGAGUGCUCAUUGAGAACCCCUUCCCCAUCCUGGCACUCGACGUCAUCGCUCAAUCAGCACGAAACAAUGCUGGUGAGCUUGUAUCACUGCACGAGGGCAUCCGCAACCUAGUGGUGGAGGACGAUCUCGAGAUGAAGAUGCUGUCAGCAGUCUCCCAAGAGGCACUCCUACCCCAUGCGCCUCAGUUGCCAACGGCGAGACAUGGGCAACAUUCUUCUCGUGCUUCUUUAAACUAA